AUGGUCAGUGCACGUAGCCGCGUUCUUGCAGAGGAGACGCAGUACCAAGAAUACGAUGGCACCACGACCGAAUCUGACAGCUCAGCGUCCAAGACUCAUGUUCGCAUCACGGCAGUUCAUCUCGACUACAUCUUGUUCAUGGAAAAUACGGCGUUAACUGCUGGCGGUAGCCAAGCAGCUGCACCCUCCCCUAACCAGGUGUGGUCUCGUAUGGUGGCCAAGCCACCUCCACCUCCUUGGAAACAGAAUCUGAAGGCUCUCACUAGGAGUCAAUUUCAAUCUGGUUUGAUCGAACACCUUAGGCCGGUGGAGGAUUACUUUGACCGCUUUCUCGAAAGGCAAAACUUGGCGGGACUGAUUCAUUGGAUUGUGAUGAUAUCGGGCAACUCCACAUACAGUAUCAAGAAUGCUGUCGAGAUCACAUCACCGCAAGACUUCAAACUGUUUGUGAGGGAGGCCCUUCUCCGAUUCCCUGCUAAGGUGAUAUUCCGAUUGGAAAUGAACGACCCCCGAGAAACCGAAAGGAGCUGA